CUGCAUAGAGAUGAAACUCAUUUUAAUAAGUGCGCUGCUGGGCUGUAUAAUUUCAACAAGUGCACAGCAUACGACCUCACGACCUUCUCAGGCGUCGACAACUUCACAGGAUGCGGCCAUAAAUGAGAAUGUGUCGGCAUUUUCACAGGAUACUACGUCAGUGGAAAGCCUUGCAAAUACCACAGCAUCGAAACGACUUUCGAUUGAGAAUCAGCUACUUCAUUUAAUGACAGACCACACAGCCCAGAUGCAUUCAUCUAACGCCUUUUUGAAUGAAAUUGGGAAUGCUAUAAACCUAUUGGCCGUCAAUGUGCAAGAGCAAAUCGAUAGGCUGCCACAGCUGAAUCUAACGAAACAACAGCUGGCCAAGGCUAGCGAAUUGGCCAAAAAUCAAACGCAACAAAUUCUGCAGAAACUUUCCAAAAUGACCCAUGAAGUGCUCACUAAGAUGGAUCGAACUACCCACAACAUUGAGUAUGUGAUACAGGAACAAGAAGUCGUCAAGGAGCAGAUCAAUCGCUUCCAGAGCCAGCUCAACUCUCAUCAACAACGUCUGCUCAAUAGCACUGAUAGCAUUGACAAACAUCUCCUGCAGCUAACCGAGCUUGUCUCUAGCGCCGUGCUGCCCCGUAUACAGAGUCUGAAUCAUUCCUUCAGCAGUUUGAAUAACUCUCAAUCGAAUAUUCAGCUGCAGCUGAAGAAUAUGGCUCAGAUCAAGGAAGCUACCACGGCAGCUGUAGGCCAGCUGAAUUCCUUGGAUCUUCAACUGGCUUAUCAAAAUCUCAGCCAAAACUCUCAGCUGCACAAAAUAGCCGAGGCUGUCAAGCAUUUUUGUCCACAGCAGGUAGCUUUAAUUGAUAAGGGCUUGCAAGACCUAAUUGUCGCCCAACAGCGCUUACACUCAAAGUUGGCCGUUUGCGAAAGACAACCAACAAGGCCAAAGAGCUAUGAAGUGAAGAAGGGCCCAGAGUACAAAUCCUCAAGUGCCGCAACUCAGCCUCUAGCUAAGCCUUAUAAGAUUAGUGAAGAAAGCCCAAGGAGCUAUACCCCAGCUAGUGCAAAUCCAAGCCAGCCAGAAUAUUACGUGUAUGGUAAGACAUCCCCGUCACAGUCUGGCAAACCUAAUCUGGCUAAGCUGAAGAACGUUAUAUAUAAAAGUGCUGCAACGAAAGCAGAGCCGAAAUCCAGCGACUUUUACAUAAAUGACAUGCCAUACUCAUCCAAGCACGAUAAGGAUUCCAUAUCUGAAACGAAACAGCACAAUAAAAAUGAUUUGACAUAUGACUUGGUUGAGAUGCUUGCGAACAAGUCGCAGGAUAUACUAAAGCCCGAUGCUCAGCUAAGCAAGUCCGUUGAAAUCUACAAUGGCAAACCACGUCAGCCGCCGCAGAUCUAUGAAUUUGACGAGGGAACUAGUCAAAAUCAAGCUGAAGCCCAGAGCAAUGCCAAAUACGUCUUUGAUAUAGUCAAGGCCCAGAGCGAGCAACCAAACGCGAACCAUAAAACUCCACAAUUCAAGCCGAGGCGAAUUGGUAGUACAUAUUUUGGCAAUGCAUUUUCCAGUAGCUAUGCACAGGUGCCACAAUCAUGA